UUUCAAUUCUGAUCACAGAAUAUUGAAAUCCUAUUUCGAACCAUUGAGAUUUAUGGAAAUGACAAAGUUUGACAAGUUGUUUACUUUACAUAUUUUGAAAAAUAUUUUAUUGAAUUUUUUGGUAUUUUUGUACCACUCAUGGAUUACAGCAGUGAGGAGGAAGAUGCAGUUGACUUUGGUCAGGAUGAAUUGCAAGAAAUAGAAUAUGCAUUCAGUAAAUUUGCUACGGUUUUGGAUGAACAGCAACCUCAAGGUGUCAUAUCAGUGCAUGAUAUAGAAUACCUUUUACGAGACUUGGGAGCAUCACUAACAGAAGCAGAGAUUUUCGUGGAAUUAGAUGAAUUCGAUCCAGAAAACACUGGAGUAAUCGACUUCAAGACAUUUCUGCUGAUACUGAAGAAAAACCUACAACCCAUGAAUGAAGAUGAUCUCAAAUUAUGUUUCGUCAUAUUCGAUAAAGAUGGUAAUGGUCACAUAGGAACUCGAGAGAUAAAAUAUGUAACUUCGCAUUUGGGCAAAAAAUAUACAGAAGAGGAGAUUGACGAUAUGUUAAAAGAAGUGGAUGCAGAUGGUGACGGAAGAAUCAAUUUUGAGGAUUUUGUGUAUUUUAUGACUAGAAAAUAAUUUUUGAUGCGUUAUUAUGCUAAGUAAUAAAUUAUGAGAUUCUCCUG